AUGGCGGGCGCAGAGGUGGACGCGCUGGCAGCGGAAAUCCGACAGCUGAAGGCGGAGCUGAAGGCUCAGGGUCUCUCAUCCUCUCAGAUCAACGGCCACCAGGUGGUGCUUGAGAAGGUCCAGAGGCUUCAAAGCCUGAAGAGCCAGCUGGCGAGUGAUGAUCCUCGCACGGAUCAGGCCUUUUUUGCGCGCCAGAAAGAGGAGGUGGAUGCUGCUCAGAAGCGCAAACAGGCGGAGGCUGCCUCCCAGCGUGCAGAGCUGAAGGCCGCCGAGGAGCAGGCCCCGCAGCCGCUGAUCCAGCGGAAAAUCUUUCACCUCUUCCAGCACGCAGGUUCGGGUCCCACCUUUCACUACGAGCCACCGCCACGAUUGAACAGCAAGGACUGUGGCUUUGGUGAAGGGAAGGACCCUCAUCCACCCGUGUACAUCACCGAGAAGUGGGAUGGGACGACCAUGCAGGCAACAUCCAGACACAUCUUCAAGCGCUUGGACCUGUGGGGGAGACGCCGCGAUGGAGAUCCCUCCCAGCGCUACAGCAUCCGGCUGCUGGGCUGGCGGGAGGCGGGACCACAGCGUUCGGGUGAGACGAGCGAGCGAUAG